AGGAAAUCGAUUGCGACACUUCCCAACCUACCCAUUCUCACCAUUUCGCUUACUACCGAAGACAGUUGCUGCAAGUCAUUCAGGUAACUGCUUUGCCGACAUGGCGUCCCUCAGCGAAGAAUCCCUGCCAAAGAAUGGAACACCUCCACUAGAAGACUUGGGCACAGAGCAAUCGGAUCUCUCAAGCUCAGCUCAGAUAUAUAGCGUUCCCAUCACAGCGGCAGCAACAGGCAUGCCAUCAAUCAACAUCCUUGUAGCCGAGCACAAUCAAGUGAUGAGAAAGGUCAUCGGCAGGCAGAUAGACAAAUUAAGUCACAAUUGCGUGUACGAGUUCGCAUGCAACGGCCAGGAAGCUUUCGAAGCAUACAAGAAAGGGCACCAGACAUAUCAGUGCAUCUUGAUGCAGCCCUCCAUGCCCGUCAUAGAUGGUUUGCAUGCCACAAGACUCAUUCGCGCAUUCGAAACCGAAAACAGUCUGAAACCAUGCUACAUUGUAGUGAUGGCUGCUGGCAUACCGAUGGCGGUAGACAUGGAGAGGACACGCAGUCUUGGGUUUGAUGCCUCGAUUCAGAAACCUUGCAAGGCAGAGGGCUUAGAACGUCUUUUUGUUGAGCUAGGUCUAGUUACCAAAAGGUCAGCAGAAACAUCGUGAGACUGAAAAGGAAGGAAAAAUCAGUUUCAUCAAGUCAACUAUUGCAGCUGAAAUCAGCCCAGCAGAUUCACGUAAUUAAGAAAUAAAUAACAUCAAGAUCCUCUGUGCU